AUAUUUGUUUUGUGUAGCAAUGUUAUUUCAAUGAUUAGUUUUCAAAAUAUCUCGCCGUGUCACCAUAAGAAGAUAGUAAAAGAUAUUUUAUAAAGCCCUUCUACGCAUAGCACUGUAAUUCGAACAAUUAGUUUCUGAAAGAUUUCGUAGCAGAAAGACGCGAGAAAGCAAUGAAGCGUUUUGUUUGCAUUUUCGCUAUAUUGUGCUUUGUUCCUGACAGUAUUGGGAGAAAAGGAUUCGGUCCUGGAGAACAAGAAUGGGGCUAUGUUGAAGUACGUCCCUUUGCAAAGAUGUUCUGGUGGCUUUACUUUACUACGGCAGACGUUAAAUCAUAUUACGACAAACCACUAAUUAUCUGGUUACAAGGUGGACCAGGUGCAUCUUCGACCGCGUAUGGAAAUUUCGAGGAACUAGGACCUCUUGAUGUGGAUUUAAAUCCAAGGAAUUACACUUGGGUCAAAAAUUACAAUGUGCUUUUCAUUGAUAAUCCCGUUGGCAGUGGCUUUAGUUAUGUUACUGGUACAGACGGAUUCGUGAAAACAAAUGCUCAGAUCGCGAGUGAUCUUGUAGAAUGUAUGCGAGGAUUUUACGAUAAAUUACCGAAAUUUAAGCCUGUCCCGACGUAUAUCACUACUGAAUCAUAUGGCGGCAAAAUGGGCGCGGAGUUUGCGCUUGUCUGGUAUCGAGCUCAAAAAGCUGGCAAUAUUGAAAGUAAUCUACUAGGCGUUGCACUUGGAGAUGCUUGGAUUUCUCCUAUCGAUUCUGUAAUGACAUGGGCGCCAUAUUUACUUAGCACGGGUAUGGUCGAUACACAAGGUUUUGAACUAAUUGAUGAUGCCGCAAAAAUGACAAAAGAUAAAGUUGAAACUGAUAAGUGGAGACUGGCAACUACGUAUUGGGCUCAUACUCAAAAUAUCGUUUUGCAAACAACUUAUAACGUUGAUUUCUACAAUAUUCUGGAAAGAAAACAAUAUUUGCGCCAUCAUUUCUCGCCACAAACCGUAUUGUCCCUUGAUGGAGAAGGUAUAUAUCGACAUUUUGUUCAACGUAAAACUCAAUCACUUGAUGAUUUAAUGAACGGUCCAGUAAGAAAAGCGCUCAAUCUUACAACCUAUCAUGGCAACCAAUCUGACAAAGUUUUCGACAAGUUAUCAGAAGAUUUCAUGAAGCCUGUUACUAAUAUAGUGGAACUAUUGCUUAAUGAGACCAACUUGAACGUAUUCGUAUACAAUGGGCAAUUGGACUUAAUUGUCGACACUCCGGGCACCCUCCUUUGGGUUGAAAAACUGAAAUGGAAAGACGCUGAUACUUGGAAUUAUAUCUCAAUCAGACAACCUCUCGUUAUUAAAGAUAAUAUCGUCGAGGGCUAUGUCAAAACUACACAAAACUUUGCAAUGUAUUGGAUCAACAGAGCCGGGCAUAUGGUUCCAAGAGACAAUCCAGUAGCAAUGGAGACAAUACUACAGGAUUUGACAAGCCUAAAUAAGAACUAAAGCAAAAUUUAGCUUUAAAUUAGUAAAUAUAGAAACUAAAUUUGCAUUAUUUAAAUAACGUCGUGCUUAAAUUACUGAAAUUAUUAAAUCCAUUUUCUUAUAUUACUCUCAUCUAUCAUCUUUAAUUUUUAAAGUGUCCGAAGUUAUUUAAAAGUAUUAUAUUAAAAGAUAUUAAGAUCCAAACUCUGAAAAAAGCUAUUGAUUUCAAAUAAAUAUCUAUCCCAAUAGUGCCAUUAACACCAUUUGUUUGAAACUAAUAAUAUUAAUUUGCCCUGAAAAAAUACUUACUUGAUAUAAAAACCCUUUUUAAAACCAGAUUUAUUUGCUUCAAACAAAUGGUUAAUCAUAUAUAAUUUAUAUAAAUAAGUUAUUAUAUAUUACAUUAAGAAAAUUGUUGAUAAAAAUAAAUAAGUCAUAUUCGAUAUAGCAUGUAUAUCAAACUGAUUAAAAAAAUUAUUUAAUCUAAAUAAAGGAUCUUAAAUUAUA